GACCAGAAGCAAUUGAGCAUGAAAGUGGUGUGCUGGGUUUUUGAAUUCCUCGCGGUGGUUCAGCUGCUAAUCGAAACUCAGAGUGGCUAUGUGCAGGAGGCGAAGAGGGAGAUUUGGGAUGCGAUGGCUCACCAUCGCCACCGACACCAUCAGCACCAUCACCACGGAACAUUGCAUUGGGUGGAUGGGCGGCGGGUGCACCGUCUGCGAAUGCCACACCCACAGCGUUGGAGUGGGCGGCGGAGAUCGAUCAAUCACCACCAGCCCUUCAGCCGCUGGUCCCAGUGGUCACCAUGCGACGAGGAGUGCGUCCGGCGGCGGGAGCGGUUCUGCAAGGUGAAGCGCAAGUGCGGACACACCAAGCACGUGGAGCAGAGCAAGUGCAGCCAUUGUCAUCCUGCACCUGCAAUAAAGUGGCAGCCACCGUUAAUUCUGGAUGAUAGCCACAUCCGCGAGAGAAACCAACCGCUUCCGCAAGCGCCGCCCCAAACACAACCACCACCUCCUCCGCCUCCGUCGAUUAUCAUAAAUGCGGCGGCUGCGGCGUCAAGUGGUCCCACCGUGGAUUAUCGCUACAACGAGUACAAGCCCCCACCAAAUUAUGCUCCACUUUAUCCAUCAACACAUCCACCUAUUUAUGCCCCCACUUACCCCGCCGAUCAUCAUCCAACCCACCUACCAACUUAUCCACCGCCAACUCAUCCACCAACUCCACCACCGACUCCUCCAAAUAAUUCUGACGAGGUGGUGCGCCAUCUGCCAAAAUAUCCGGGUAAAGAUAUAUUCAGCGAAGAGGAUGUGGAAGAUGAACUUGAACCCGAACCUGAUGAGGAUUUAAUUAGUUCCGAUGAGCAGGGUGACUUCUUUGUGCUCAAACAUCGUCGUCACAGGCGAAGGCAAAACCAUAGAAGACCCUCCCACAGGAAACCUCCCAAGGAGGAAGACUAUGAUGACUCCGACUUUGUGGACUUUGGCGAGAGGAAGUCACUGAGACACAGACAUUUGGGCGAGGAUAGCAGCGUGGAGGGUGAUGUCUUUCAGUACGAGGACUUCGAUUUACCUGACACCAUGUACGCGGAUUCCGAGGAAUCCGAGGGUGAAUACCGUAAUAUCACUUGGGUGCAGCCAGCCAAGGAUGGAAUAGCGCUAAGGCGACGCAGGGUCUACUCCAAGUGGAGUAGAUGGACCAAAUGUUCGCCAAAAUGUACGACGAGGAGAUACAAGAAGUGCCGCAUCACUGAUCAGUGUGGCCGUGAAGUUCUCCGGGAGAUCGCCUACUGCUACACGGAGGGCAGCUUCUGCCAGCAUUGGCUGCAGACACAGUUCCAGAAGACACCAGCUUACGAGACGAGACCGGGUAGCGGGUCAAUGACGGGAAAGGGUUACCGCGGACCGGAGUAUACUCCUCUAAAGCUGAACUGCGGCAUUGUUCGCAGCGGAACUGGACGGAGGAGCAUGUCCAACAUGCUGAAGAUCAUCGGAGGACGGGCGGCGCGCAAGGGCGAGUGGCCGUGGCAGGUGGCCAUCCUGAAUCGCUUCAAGGAAGCCUUCUGCGGCGGCACACUCAUUGCUCCUCGUUGGGUACUAACCGCCGCUCAUUGUGUGCGCAAGGUGCUGUUUGUUCGAAUAGGGGAACACAACCUCAACUAUGAGGAUGGCACGGAGAUUCAGCUGAGGGUGAUGAAGAGCUAUACUCAUCCCAACUAUGAUAAUCGCACCGUGGAUAGCGAUGUGGCAUUAUUAAGAUUACGCAAGGCGGUUAAUGCCACCACUUGGAUUGGCUACUCCUGUUUGCCGCAGCCCUUCCAGGCACUGCCCAAAAACGUGGAUUGCACCAUAAUUGGCUGGGGCAAGCGUCGCAAUCGGGAUGUCACGGGCACCAGUGUGCUCCACAAGGCCACCGUGCCCAUCAUACCGAUGGAGAAUUGCCGCAGGGUUUACUACAAUUACACAAUCACCAAGAACAUGUUUUGUGCCGGGCAUCAGAAGGGGCGCAUAGACACGUGUGCUGGGGACUCAGGAGGUCCACUCCUGUGCCGGGACACCACGAAGCCCAACCAUCCGUGGACCAUAUUUGGCAUCACCUCGUUCGGCGAUGGAUGCGCCCAGCGCAAUAAGUUUGGCAUCUAUGCCAAGGUGCCCAACUACGUGGACUGGGUGUGGUCGGUUGUCAACUGCGAUGGCAACUGCAAGAUGCACUAGCAUCCGUGGCAUCUCGGUGGUUACUUCGUAGACAUGGACUUGGGUCCGCAAAGCUGCAGAGGCUGUGAAAAACUAAUUUACACUUUAAGUGUUCGAUUCGUGCGGGAAAUCGUUGCAUGAUCACCAACAUCACAAUUAUUAUGUGCUCAUUUUGAACUAGAAGUUGCAAAGGAACAAAUUCGAUUGUAAUUUAGACAACCAAAUAUUUGUGUAAUUAGCUCUAAAAGCACCUACUAACUGAAAGUACUAUUCUCGAUGGGAUAGCUUUUCCCUUAAUAAUAGUUACAAUUCUAACUUGCCUAAUGUACAUAAUUUAACUCUUAAUGUUUUAUGCUGAACAAUUACUAAUGAAAUUAUUAAUUUCUUAUUUAAGUUAAAUGUAAUUACAGUAGGCGUAAGUUAAAACAGGAAUCUGAGAUUUAAGAUUGUAAAAUAAUUAAUAAAUCUGAUGAUAAAAGCCAUAUGAACUGUAGCUUCACCACUGAAAUACACUACAAUUAACACUUAGAUCCUCUAAAAUGGAAAUGGCUAAGGGAAAUUUCCCCUAUAGGCGUACCAAAGAAUCGCUGAUAUGUAUAUUACUUAUUAGUUUAUUAUAUUGGUGUUAAAUGCUGCACAGUUUUGCUUCCACAAUAAAACUAUUUAACGUGAUCCCUAUA